CGGUCGGCCAUGUUUUCCCACAACAGCAACAUCACGUCGUUUUUGGUAAACGUCAACGAAACAUUCUCCAAAACUAAUUUACAUUGCUGAUUUAUCCACAAGUUUUCAAAAUCAUUUUGUUUAUUACCUUGUGAUAUAAUUAAAUGUUAAAAUGAAUCGAACUGAAGGGCUGGUGCAGCGCAGAAAUGUACUAAAGGAUAGCAGUUCCGAUGGGGCUUUGAAGGAAAAUCAUGAUGUCGAUGAUAAGAAGAAUGAUAAAAAUUAUGAUGACGGGGAUUCUAAGGAAACUCGUUUGACUCUAAUGGAAGAAGUGCUACUUUUAGGCUUAAAGGACAAAGAGGGUUACACAUCAUUCUGGAAUGAUUGCAUAUCGAGUGGAUUGAGAGGGUGUAUUUUAAUCGAACUUGGUUUAAGAGGACGCGUUGAGUUAGAGAGAGCUGGUAUGCGAAGAAAAGGUCUGCUGUCUAGGAAGGUUAUUUUGAAAUCAGAUACACCUACAGGUGAUGUUUUACUAGAUGAGGCAUUAAAACAUAUGAAAGAAACAGAUCCCCCAGAAACGGUGCAAAGUUGGAUAGAAUAUCUUAGUGGUGAAACAUGGAAUCCUAUGAAACUAAAAUAUCAGCUAAAAAAUGUAAGGGAAAGGCUGGCAAAGAAUCUAGUGGAAAAAGGAGUUCUAACUACAGAGAAACAGAACUUUCUAUUGUUUGACAUGACUACACACCCACUAACAGAUAAUGUUGUUAAAUGUCGCCUAGUCAAAAAGGUGCAAGAAGCAGCUUUGCGUCGUUCCAUCACCGACGUGGCGCACGCUGACAAGCGCUCGCUGGCGCUGCUGAUGCUGGCACACUCGGCCGACGUGCUGGAGAAUGCGUUCGCGCCGCUCUCCGACGAAGACUACGAGCUGGCCACGCGGCGCGUGCGCGCCCUGCUCGACCUCGACUUCGAAGCCGAGGCCAUGAGGCCUGACGCCUGCGAGAUCAUGUGGGCGGUCUUCGCUGCGUUCACUAAAUAACGGUAGCAGUCAUAUGCGGAGUAUCUAUUCGAAAAAAAGGAUGGUUAAAUCUUAUCGAGUUUGCGCAUCCGGGUUAUGUUGACGUUGUAAAACUGCUGCAGUGAAAUUAAUCUAGUUCUAUUAGGCGUGUACAAUUUUAAUGAUACGAAACACGUUUUGGCAAUAGAUGUACCUACCUACUAAGAAGAGAUGUUAAAAUUAUACUAUGCAUAAAAUAUUACUAAAUUAUUAUUCCUUUAAAAAUUUAUUGUUCCUGUCUGUAGAAGUGUGUUACAACAAUAAUUAAGUUGACUUAAAUAAUAAUUAUUGGAGUUUUUGGCGGUCUUCACCACUAGUGGCAAAUAAGUUGACAAAAAAAGAAUUUCAAUUAAUGUAUUAUUGUAAUGUUAUAUUCUUGUAUUUUGAAAACGGUUUAAAAAUAUUUUUAUUCUUUUAUCAAAACUAUUUAACUGCACAACUGAUAACUAUUGUGUAGAUUAAUUAUUUAAAUAUUGCUUUUCGUAAUGUUUAUGUGAUUAAUGUUUUAAAAAAUAGUUAAAUGUAAUUGGUAUCAAUCAUUCAUUCUAAAAUUUAAGUUUCACUAAAAUAAACCAUUAUUAAAAAUAAUUUCAAGAUUAAAAGGACUCUUAUUUUUAUAGAAAAUGUUAAAUAAUAUAACAUGUAACAAACAUGUCGUUUGUUACAUGGUAAAUAUCUAGAAAGGUAUGACACAUAAUAUAAAACUUUACAUGGUCCUUUUUAUUACUGAAAUUUAAGCACUGAAUGUAUUUUUAUUAACAGUAGUUUUGAUUGUUACUUGUCAGCAACCACUUUUUAUCGCAAUACAAUGUAUUCAUCUUUUUAAAUAGAAAAAUACCCGAUACGGUUUAUUUAGAGUGAAUUUGUUAGUUGUACUUAUCUGCCAAUUCCUAGAGCAGUGCCUAAAUGUUUUAUUUAUUGUAAAAUUAUAAAUUAGGUCCAUAGCAAUGAGUAAAUAAAUAAGAUUAGCACAAUUUUUCCAGUUUUAAUACAAUAGUGUAACAUGAGAUCACAAAUGCAUUGGAAAAUUAUCUAAGCCUUGCACUGCUAAAACCCUUUAUCAGUUUAUAAUUAUUUAAUUAAUAUAAUAUACAUCUUUUGUAUUUUUUGUAUGUAAACAAAACAAUGAAUGCAUUAGUAUAGUACUGUAUAAUUUAUAAAUAGUUUUGUGGGGUAUAUGCAUUUUUUGAGAAGUCUUAAUCUUAACUUAGACGAGGCGUUAAAGAAGUGUAUAAAUCGUAUACGCGUGACGUCACAUGCCAUGCCUAUGAAGUAUGGGUGGACUGCCACAAGUUAUACAGGGUGGAAACGAUAAGUGAUCUCACUCGAUUAUUUCUAAACUAUACAAGAAUGCAAAAAACUGCUUACUGAUCCUAAAAGUGCUUCACGAGCUCUAUCCAACGGUAUCAACAGUUACAGAAUAAACUGGAUCUAUCAAAAAAUUCAAAUAUUUUUUAUCUUCCAUACAGUUAGUAUUACCACAGUUAUGGCACUCAUUUCUUGAUGUUAUUAUAGCAAGUAAAACCUAAAUUCAUUCACUAAUGUUUUCCAUAAAUAAUCUUACAUAAGAAUGCAAAUUGCGAGUUUAUUUAAGUUUAUUAUUUAAUUAAAAAAAUAAACUUAAUAUUGUGUGGUUGGCAUACAUUUAGUAUAGAAAGCUGGAAACAAAAUUUUCGGAUAGUUCCAGUUUAUUCUGUAUCCUACUAUUGAAAGAGUUUGAAAGAGCUCGUGAAGCACUUUCAGGAUCAGUAUCCAGUUUUUCGAUAUCUAAAGUCUGUUCGCCGAGAGUUGAUAAAUAUUAUGAAAUGUCUUGCAAUAGCGACUGUCGCUUAAUUAUCGCAUUCUGUAUGGCGGGCGUCGUUUGUCACAACGCGCACUGAGUACCAUGGUACGAGCCACGCAGCUGUCGUCAAGCGCCCCGGACCCGCCGGCGGGCGGCGGCGGCCACAGCGUGACCACUUUUAGUAGAUUUCUACUUUUUUGGUAGAUUUGAGGCAAAGAGAACGAUGAUUUAGUAGUGCGAAAUCAUUUAGUAGAUUUUGGUAGAUAAUUGGUAUUUUUAGAACAUUCUUAUAAAUGGUAGUCAAAAAUUAAAUUGUAACCGAGCCGAGAAUUCAGGCCAAAAAAAAGGCCAGGCCAAAUAAUCUACCAACUUUUUCAUUAUAUCGACUAAAAUAAUUAGCGGGCCGCAAUUUAUAAUGAGUUUAGAACCUCUGAUAUUUUAUUUUUUUUAUCAACUCUCUGCGAACAGACUUUAGUAUAGUUUAGAAUAAUCGAGUGAGAUCACUUAUCGUUUCCACUCUGUAUACUUGAAGUGUGUUUGAACGCUUAUUGUGACGUCAAAUCAGCAAUUAGCAAUUCAGAUCAACUAACCCCUUUCUAAAAAAACGCGCAUUUAAACGCUAGGUUAAAAUGAAGCGUUUAAAUUUUAUAUUUUGAUUUUUUAUUUGGUAGGGGGUAGAAUAUUAUAUCUAUGCUAUAUCGAUUGUUGUCACAAAAAUGGAGCUUAAACCAGUUUUCUAUAUAAAAUCAUGCUUAUACCCCUUAGAAAAUGCACUGAGUUCUUUAUUUUUUCUAGUGGCAAACUUGUUUUGAGUCCAUUUUCUAUCUCAUAUGCUCAGUAUUCACAUUGAUACAGUAUAAACAAUAUUUUGUAUCGAGAAGGCUCAAAUCAAGCCAAUUCUGUAAAAGCAUAAAUAAUAAACCUACUAUAAUUUUAGUUUAAAAUUGCUGUUACUGUUUAUAACCUACUUUGUAAUCAUUUUUUUUAUAGUCGUAUUGCUAUUCGUGAUUCAUUAUUAUUAUAACUAUACGGGGAUGAUACAGAGAUCAAUACAUUCCACAGGUAUUAUAUUUCUGUUUCUCUUAAAUUAACCCGUUGAUAUCCCUAGGAAUGUACCUUAACAUAAGUAUUACCACUUUUUGAACGAUUCAAUCCCUGUAUAGAUUAAUUGAUCAUAUAAGUUAUUCAUUAAAUGCUUAAGGUUUGAUUAAAUGUAUUUAAAAAGGGGCACACAUUGGAUUAUUUUAAGUUUGACUAAUUUUAAAUUAACUUAUGAUUCACUACUGAAAAUAUGAAAUAUUCAAUCAAAAUUUCUUAAUCUAGAAGUAAUUUAGGACUGACAGGUUUUAAAUUUGAGGUGUGUAUUUAACUAUGCCGAAAAUCGUAUUAAAUUACGAAACAUAAUUUCACCUUGUACAAAGUGUAAUAAAAAGUAAGCGAGUUAUAUUAAAUAAUUGAUGCCUGUUAAAAUAAUAAUGCUUCGUAAUGUCUCCAAUAAUGGUGCAUGUAACUGGAAAUAAAAAAAUAAAUUGUCCAAGUUUCACUUUGUUGGGGUAAAGAGCUAUAUUAGUGCUUAAAAUUAGAUUGUAUAUAGAUAUAGUUCAUAUUUGAUAUAAUGAAAUAAGAACUCCAAGGAGAAGAAAAUGUAUAAAAUUAAGAGAUAAUUAUGUAUCAUACACGUUUAUAGUAUUGAAAAUUACUCAAAUAUAUCCUUAGAAAAUUACAA